GACAUUUGUUUUGGCAGAUGUAAUUUUAUGUUGUUUAUGUUUGAUUUAUUUGAAUAAUUUCUUAUUUUCCUGAGAUGUGUAGUAAAUUUUAAAAUCAAAAAUAAGAAAUCCUGUCUUCAAUUAUUGUUUCUCAAGAAUGUGAUACACAUAUAUCAUGUGUUUUCACUAUUUUUGCCUAAUGUUUGAUAUAGGCUCAUUGUGAUGGUUUUAAUUUAAUUGAACUACUUCAGUGACUUCCCUCUAGAAAUUAAAAUGGAAAGUGAACAAUGUAAUAUGUUAAAUGAAAAUGUUCAACAAGAAACUAACAUUCUUGUUAGUUCAAUUAAAUUAGAAGUGAAAGCCGAACCACCUGACAGUUCAGAUUUGUGGGACUCUUUAGAUCCUCCCACUGUGGAGCCUGAGUAUGUACAUGUACACUUUUUAAACCAAGAAACAAAUCAAGAUUUUAUGAAACACAAGCAAUGCAAUGGGGAUAUUGUCAUCAAAAGUGAACCAAAUUUAUUCUGUGAUAACCAAUCUGUGGACGAAGGAAAACUAGAACUACAAAAGGUGAAAGAAGAAUUGCCUAGUGAGGAAUAUGAUAAACUUACAAAUUUUGAAGAAGUUAUGUUAACUGAGGAAUGUAAUCUUCCAAUUAAAUCUGAGGCUGACUUAGAAGAAAAAACCUCCAGUAAUUAUCACCCUCGAGCUGUAUCAAAUCAAAAGCAAGAGAAGUUUUUUUAUGCUUCAAUAAAAGAGUAUAUUACCAAAACAAAAAAUGAUAGAAGGAAGAAACUUAAAAAUGCAAAGUCCAUUAUCACAUGUCCAUAUUGUGGCAAAUGGUAUUAUAGGAAAAAUGAGUUACUGAAACACUUUCUAAGUUAUCGUGUAAAGAAAAGUGUGUUUGUUAAAAGAUUUAUGCACAAAAAUGACAAUAUUUUAACCAAUAUGAAAGAUGGAAACUCCAACAACAAGCCUGCAACGGAAAAGAAAGUAUCAUCAAAAGUGGCAUGUAAACUGUGCUCUAAACUUGUAGACAAAUAUUAUAUGAAUGCACACAUAUUAGUUCAUAACAACAAGCCUGCAACGGAAAAGAAAGUAUCAUCAAAAGUGGCAUGUAAACUGUGCGCUAAACUUGUAGACAAAUAUUAUAUGAAGGCACACAUAUUAGUUCACACUGGAGAAAAGAGGUUUCAAUAUCAAUGCGAAAUAUGCUUUAAGACAUUUCAAUCUAAUUCCAUAAAAAACCAUAUGUAUACUCACUUAGAAGAAACACCUAUGAAAUGUACGUUUUGCUUUAAAACCUUUAGGAGAACCGACAACUUUGAGGCCCACAAAUGUUUUGAUUUUGAGGAAAAAGUAUUUAAAUGUCAUUUAUGUUCAAAAUCUUUUAAACGAAAGUUUGUUUUAACUGCACACAUGUAUACACAUACAGGAGGACGGAAAUACCAUUGUCCGCUCUGUCCAAAAGUGUUCAGGCAACAGUCAACAAAAAAUGACCACAUACUCAUUCACAUGGGAGAAAAGCAAUUCAAAUGUAACAUUUGCCCGAAGAGUUUCGUUAAUAGAAACCUGUUACGAAGACACAAACUUUACCACUCGGACAUCAAACAGCACAGUUGUAUAGUUUGUUCCAAAAGUUUUAAAACGAAAAUGUGUUUAAGGCGGCAUAUGAGCCUGCACAACAACACAACCAAAUUUCAAUGUAACAUUUGCUUAAGAGAAUUCAAGAAGAAGAAUUCAUUGCAGUGUCACAUGUCCAUCCAUACCGGUAACUACAAAUUCAAAUGUGGAUAUUGUGAUAGAUCUUUUUCACGGAAACAACCACUUCUUACACACGAGUAUAACCACACUAAUAAAAAACCGUAUCCAUGUGACAUGUGUCCAGAAGCUUUCUUUUCAAGUACAGCUUUAAAGAACCACAAAAUUUUUCAUGCUGCUAGUGAUGGUAAAGACGACAAGCCAUUUAAGUGCGAUAUAUGCAUUAGAGAGUUCAAAUUGAUUUCAUCGUUAAAGAAUCACAUAAAAAACGACCACACAGGCAACAAACCCUUCAAAUGCGAAGAAUGUCUCAUACAGUUUGCCACGCAAGAUUCCCUAGACAAACACAUUGACAAAUUUCAUACGAAAAAGCAGUUUGAGUGCAAAAUAUGUGGGAGAAGUUUCUCCCAUAGGAGCACUAUGAAUAAACAUAUCAGGGUCAAACAUAAUCCUGAUGGAAAAGCUCCUGUCGAAAAAAAGUUCGAAUGUGAAUUUUGUAGUAAGAAAUUCGUGUUUGAAGGUAGCAUGAAGUAUCACGUGAAAAUGCUUACAUGUAUGAAGUAAAGUAACUAACUUAUUUUGACUUUUUCUGGUGUGGAAGUUGAUAAUGUUCGGUCCAGUACCCAACUACCUCCAGCAGUUAUUGCUCGUCAAGUCAUCAAGGCCGCAAGUUUUUGUGUUUAGUAUGUACCACUUUAUUUGGUGCCACGCCGAUUCUUAUUCAGUUUGGUGCUGUUCGUACUGGCCACUUGGAGUUUGCUGCACUAUGCAUCUCCUCGAUGAGUGGAUAAUUAAUAUACCUUGCAGGGCCACAUCCAAAAAUUUGGUGCCGAAAUUUAAUCUUUUGGACUUGUCUGCUCAUUGACUCAAUUGUUCACUUGGUCCUUUCCAUGAGGUUGUGUGCUUUUCUGUGGCAGUUUGUAAAGUUCUCUACUAGUGUUGGCCUUCAUAUGAUGUAAGUUUGAAUACUGUUCCGAAAUUCUUUGAUUCUUUUGAAAUCUUAAUGUGACUAUUUUUAUUAGGAAUAAAGGAAUUAUAGUCUGCAUGUUUCUAUCAGGAUGAGAACUGUUUUGGCGUGUUAACCUGGACCAAUACAUACUGACAUAGAAUAACGGAGUGCAUAAGCAGUGGCUCUAAAAACGGUCCUACUAUUUAUGAGUUUUCUGAGGAUAUUGAUUCUAGCUGCUACUUUCAAACAUGUUUUUUUCCCAAAGUCAGUGACCUGUCUAGCAUGACGCCAAGAUAGACUGGUUUCUCUGUGUAUUCGAGACACACAAAUCCAUCGUAAUUUUUGUUUUUUUAUUGGUUUCGGUUUUUUUGCACUCGUGACGAAGCUAUAUUUAUAUAAAUGCAUUGCACGUUGAAAAACAAAUCAUUUGACACUAAUGUCACGGAGGCCCAAUGUUAUAGAUUAGAUUUUAUAUAUAAAGUAAAAUAUGUAAAUAUAUAUUAUUUAUCGAAAUAAAGAUUAACUAGA